UUAGUUAAAAAGUUAUAAUGGAAGCCAAUGACCAAACUAAUGAAAAGUUAACUUCUUUAAAGUCAAUUGUGGAAUCUAUAUCACCAAAAAGAGUUAUAUCUUUGAAAGAGCAGAUAGCUUGCAAACAGGAUGAGUUAGAAAAAUGGAAAGCAAUACUUGACGUUGCUGAGAAAAGAACAAAAAGAUUUUUUAACAGUUUUUCAGGUAUGAAAUACCUGAAAAAGAUUUAUUUCUUAGGAUUUUAUGUUUCAAAUAAUAUAAUACUUUUGCAUUAUUUGUUUCAUUUAAAUUUUUUCAUGCACUUUUAUUUUUUCUCUGGUGAUCUUUUUUUUUUGAUUAAUUUGUUUAUAAACUAAUUCACACUAAACAAUGCUGCAUAUCUUACAGUAUGUUUAAUAGUUCAAUGUUGUAUUGUUCAAGAAUACUUAUAAAGGACUGGAACAUUGUCUAGACCACAAAUGUUUUUUAUGUGAGAAAUAUCUUAAGCAACGGAAUCAAGAGUAAUUUGGAUGUCUAUCAGUGGAUUAACUGGUUAUGCUGGAAUGACAGCCAGAGUUUGAUCAUAAGAAUCAAGAAACAAAAUAAAGGAAAAGUUCUUUGUAAAUAGUUUUUGCUUUAUCUUUGAGAGAGAUACUUAAAGUAGAGGUAGAAUGUUAGAUGUUGGCUACUCUGAUGAUAUUUCCCAAAAGUUUAUAGAACUUAAAUUUCUGAAAUAAGAUUCCACAUUUGGUUAUCUGGGACAAUGACCUUUAGUGUCAGACAAGACCUUUUUUUGAUCAAUUUUUGCAAUGAUAAAAGAAUCUUUUUUUAAGAAUCUUUUCCCUUUAAAAAAUGAUCAAGAAUACCAGUAACAACUGCACAAAUAGGGAAAAGCCUUCGGAUAGAGUGAAGCUUGACUUGAAACCGAAAUAAACACUUCUAUCCCUUUCUCAAUCCAGGAGAUAGUAGGUAAUUGUUAGAAGUUUUAUUUAUUGCUAUGAAGAUUUAUUGGAUUUUUUACUUUGUGAUAGUGUAAUUGUAAUUAGAUUAUUUUAAAUAUGUAUAUUUUAAAAAUAGUUGCUGUUGAUGAUAAAGAUUAUAAAGGUAUUUAAAUUAAUAUUGGUUUUAUGUUUACUAAGUUAACAUCUUUUACUCAUUAUACCUCUAUUAAAGCAUUAAUAAUUAUGAUUCAAGAUUUGUGUAGUUUUAUUUGAUAACAUUUCUAUGCGUUUCGUUUAUCUUUAGAGAGAGAAGUCUUGAAACAAUUGGGUUGUUACACUUACAGUGUUUAUUAUACAACUUACUUAUUAUAUUGAAUUUUUUAAUUUAAUUAAUUUUGUUUUUUGUUUUAAUUUAACUCUUCUUUUUUAAUGAAACCUGUUCAUAUUCAGAAGCCAAGGAAGAUGAAAUUGCUUUAAAAAAAAUGCAAAUGAAGCAAGAAAUACUCAAUGAGGAAAUAGUUCGCAAACAGGAUGAGUUAGCUAAAAGAAAAGCAUUGCUGGGACCACAAGAAAAGAUUUGCGAACCAAAAAAGAAACAACUUACGCGGGACGAUUUUCUAAGUUGGCGACGAGAGCACGACGGGCCAAAAUCUCGUAGUGCCUUCAAGGUUUGGCGACGCAAUGGCGGUAGAGAUUUUGAAAAUUUCCGUAACAACUCACGUCGUGGAGGUGGUCGAGGCGGUCGGGAAAGAGGCGUCGCGGUGAAUCACUAUUACUAAUUUUAAAUAUAGUAUAUAAAUGCGAAAAA